CAAUCAUUCCGCAGCGAGCCGCGGCGGCAGCACUGGGCAUGCUCAGUCUCCGGGCUCCGCUCGGCAGGCGAGAGGCUUCCUCCGGCUCUGGGCUCCAGUCGGUGGGUGCCUCGGCUCGGCUUUACCCGGCGCUGGCUGGGCACAGCGGCCCCUGAGCCCAGGCGACACGCGCCCCGCGGUCCCCGAUCCGGCCCCUGGGAGAGCCGCGCCGUUCCGGAACCCGGGAGCCCCCAACUUCGCGCCAAGUUCGGAGCCGCCUUCUGAGGGAAACAUGAAAAAGAUGAGCAGGAAUGUUUUGCUACAAAUGGAGGAGGAGGACGACGACGACGAUGGGGAUAUCGGUGAUGUUCCCGCCUCCAGGAGGCCUUUUCUGACUCCUCAUACUCACCUCCCAUCCAGCCUGGUGUUGGAAAACCUUGGACAGACGAUUGUACCCGAUUUGGGAUCACUGGAAAGUCAGCAUGAUUUUCGAACCCCAGAGUUUGCAGAAUUUAAUGGAAAACCUGACUCUCUCUUUUUUAAUGAUGGCCAGCGAAGAAUUGACUUUGUUCUAGUAUAUGAGGAUGAAAGCAGAAAAGAGAGUAAUAAAAAGGGUACAAAUGAAAAACAAAGGAGGAAAAGACAAGCAUAUGAAUCUAACCUUAUCUGUCAUGGCCUGCAGUUAGAAGCAACAAGAUCAGUAUCGGAUGACAAGCUUGUAUUUGUAAAAGUACACGCACCGUGGGAGGUGUUAUGUACGUAUGCUGAGGUAAUGCACAUCAAAUUGCCUCUGAAACCCAAUGAUCUGAAAAACCGGUCCUCAGCCUUUGGUACACUCAACUGGUUUACCAAAGUCCUCAGUGUAGAUGAAAGCAUCAUCAAGCCAGAGCAAGAGUUUUUCACUGCCCCAUUUGAGAAGAACCGGAUGAAUGAUUUUUACAUUGUUGAUAGAGAUGCUUUCUUCAAUCCAGCCACUAGAAGCCGCAUCGUUUACUUCAUCCUCUCUCGGGUCAAGUAUCAAGUGAUAAACAAUGUUAGCAAGUUUGGGAUCAACAGACUUGUAAACUCUGGUAUCUACAAGGCAGCUUUCCCACUCCAUGAUUGCAAAUUCCGCCGUCAGUCAGAGGAUCCCAGCUGCCCUAAUGAACGGUACCUUCUCUACAGAGAAUGGGCUCAUCCUCGAAGCAUAUACAAAAAGCAGCCCUUGGAUCUUAUCAGGAAAUAUUAUGGAGAGAAGAUUGGAAUCUACUUUGCUUGGCUGGGCUAUUACACUCAGAUGCUUCUCCUGGCCGCAGUUGUAGGAGUGGCUUGCUUUCUCUAUGGAUAUCUUAAUCAAGAUAACUGUACAUGGAGCAAAGAAGUUUGUCGUCCUGAUAUCGGUGGCAAGAUCAUAAUGUGUCCUCAGUGUGAUAGGCUUUGUCCAUUCUGGAAACUCAAUAUUACUUGCGAGUCCUCAAAGAAAUUGUGCAUCUUUGACAGUUUUGGAACCCUGGUCUUUGCAGUAUUUAUGGGAGUAUGGGUUACCUUGUUUUUGGAGUUUUGGAAGCGACGCCAGGCAGAACUUGAGUAUGAAUGGGAUACCGUUGAGUUACAGCAGGAAGAACAAGCCCGACCAGAAUAUGAAGCACGAUGUACUCACGUAGUGAUAAAUGAGAUUACUCAGGAAGAAGAACGCAUUCCCUUUACUGCCUGGGGAAAAUGUAUACGGAUAACCCUCUGUGCCAGUGCUGUCUUUUUCUGGAUCCUAUUGAUCAUCGCUUCAGUUAUUGGGAUCAUUGUCUAUAGGCUCUCGGUGUUCAUUGUAUUUUCUGCAAAACUUCCCAAGAACAUUAAUGGAACAGACCCAAUCCAGAAGUACCUGACUCCACAGACAGCCACGUCCAUCACGGCCUCCAUCAUCAGCUUUAUAAUUAUCAUGAUUCUGAACACCAUAUAUGAAAAAGUGGCAAUUAUGAUUACUAACUUCGAACUCCCAAGGACCCAGACUGAUUAUGAGAACAGCCUCACCAUGAAGAUGUUCUUAUUCCAAUUUGUCAACUACUACUCUUCAUGCUUCUACAUAGCAUUCUUUAAGGGCAAAUUUGUAGGCUAUCCAGGAGACCCAGUUUAUUGGUUGGGAAAAUACAGAAAUGAAGAGUGUGACCCAGGUGGCUGUCUUCUUGAACUGACAACUCAACUGACAAUAAUCAUGGGAGGAAAAGCAAUCUGGAAUAACAUACAAGAAGUAUUAUUGCCCUGGAUCAUGAAUCUAAUUGGGCGAUUUCACAGAGUUUCUGGAUCAGAAAAGAUAACCCCACGAUGGGAACAGGACUACCAUCUGCAGCCUAUGGGCAAACUGGGAUUAUUUUAUGAAUAUCUUGAAAUGAUUAUUCAGUUUGGGUUCGUCACCUUAUUUGUGGCCUCUUUUCCACUGGCCCCUCUGUUGGCUCUCGUGAACAAUAUAUUGGAAAUAAGAGUGGACGCAUGGAAACUGACCACCCAGUUUAGACGCCUGGUACCAGAGAAAGCCCAAGACAUUGGAGCAUGGCAGCCCAUCAUGCAAGGAAUAGCAAUUCUGGCUGUGGUGACCAAUGCCAUGAUCAUUGCUUUCACAUCGGACAUGAUCCCCCGCCUAGUGUACUACUGGUCCUUUUCCGUCCCUCCCUAUGGGGACCACACUUCUUACACCAUGGAAGGGUACAUCAACAACACUCUCUCCAUCUUCAAAGUCGCAGACUUCAAAAACAAAAGCAAGGGAAACCCAUACUCUGACCUGGGUAACCAUACCACAUGCAGGUAUCGUGAUUUCCGAUACCCACCUGGACACCCCCAGGAGUAUAAACACAACAUCUACUAUUGGCACGUGAUUGCAGCCAAGCUGGCUUUUAUCAUUGUCAUGGAGCACGUCAUCUACUCUGUGAAAUUUUUCAUUUCAUAUGCAAUUCCCGAUGUAUCAAAACGCACGAAGAGCAAGAUCCAGAGAGAAAAAUACCUAACCCAAAAGCUGCUUCAUGAGAAUCACCUCAAAGAUAUGACGAAAAAUAUGGGGGUGAUAGCUGAGCGGAUGAUAGAAGCAGUAGAUAACAAUUUACGACCAAAAUCAGAAUAAGAGCUUUAUGUUCUGAGAAGCACUUUAAGGAAUUUAGCUCUGUCAAAAUAUAUUAGGAAUCACUAAUGAGAAUGUGUAAGUUAAAUCACUUUGGCAAAUAUGAGUCUUAACUAUUGCCAUUUCCACACGUAUUAUUUUUCAGUUUCAGCUAGCGAUGCAGAAACUGGAAAAUGUAAAACUUAGAUCAUGAAGGGCAUAAAAAUUAUCACCCGGAAAACCUAAAUGUUACCUUUUUCUGAUAAAUUGGAAUUUUACAGAAAAAGUCCCUCAGUGUGCUGAAAAACCACCCCUUCUAAAGUAGAAUGGAUUCUCUUUUUCUGUUUGAUUACUUUCAUUUCUUUCUAUUCUCAGGCGAAUGAUCUCUUUAUUUUUAAGCCAUGUUUUAUUUCUUCACUUUGCUAGAUCUGUUCCAGGGUCAUCUUUUCCUUACAGUACCAUCAUUAUAGAUUUAAUAGCUUUCAUGUGAUUAAAAAUAGCUAACUAGACUCAAGGAUUCACAAUAUUUAGGUGUAUUUUCAAUACCUCCAGAAAGGAAACCUCAGUUAAUCAGAGGAAAUAGUUUCAGUCUUCAUUUGAGCAUGUCUUUCCAUCUCAAAAAAAUACUCUUAGUAGGUUGGAAUGAAGAUAGCAAGGUUUUGAAGCAUAUUUGUCCUAAUCCACAGUGACACUUUCUAUCUUCCAGGAGCACUCCUAGGAUGUUCUGUGCCUAAUCAAUGUUGACUGCUUUGCAGAUCUCAAGGGAAUAAAAUGACAAAAGUAGGGAAAGUUACAGCUUCAAACAGCAUUUUAACUCAUGUUGAUCUGGAUAAUUAAUUUAUCUUUUCUAAAGAUGUGCAGUUUCUUGGAAAACAGUGAUAUCACAUGAUUAAAAUUACAUUUUUAUCAACAUAAUUGUCUGGAAAAGAUAAGCCCCUCAAUUUUCUACCAGUUGACUUUUAUUCAUUAGAUACAGAAGGUGCAGUAUUACACAUCACCAGCUGCCUUUGUGAAUGGCUCACUACAUAGCCACUGGGGCACGACUGUGUGCAUGGGCAGAAACAGCAAGUGCCCUCAUUGUGGUCAUUGGGUAGGGAGUGCCUUUUGUCAAGGAGUCUGCAGGACUUGGCUUAUUUCUAUAUGCCAAAGUGAUCAACACACCAAAGUCUCUGCCAUAAAGAAUGUGGCUUCCUUGCAUCCUCCAUCCUGUUACUCUGGGCCCAGUAAUUUGAUGUAACUGUCCGAUUGUACUAGAGACAGGAGUAUACCCAGCUUAUUCAUAAUCAAGUAAAGAGACUCUAGAUUAGAUUUGAUUUUUUAGCCUCCUCUAGAGCAAUCAGGCAGUUAAGAGUAAUAAAGGAAAAGGGUUUGGUCACAAACCCUACCAUUAUCUGGAGAUUACUUCCUGCUGCACUCCUGUCCUGCCAUGCACGUCUUGCCCUCUCACUUUUGCUCAGCCUAGCAGUCUACUUCACUUUAUUGCCUUGUAAGUGUCAGGCCUCCUGGGCGCUCUGGAAAAGACAGGGAGCUAGGCCCUCUCACCCCUACUGGUAACAGAUCAGUGCUGGGUGCAUGAGAGGGAGGUGAUUUGCAUCAUGCUCAUGCUGCAUGGGCCUCACUGGGAUGCUGUUAAAUGCCAGAGGAGCCAGCCUAUCAAUCCCAGCAGCAAAGGAAAACUCAGAUUUUAGAGGCUUUUUACAAUAAAGUAGCUUAACUCUAGGUCAUGAUUUCAAAUGCCUGCCAUGAGUGAUUUUUAAGUAUUUAGGAUCCAUCAAAGCAGUAUUCUAGGCUUUUGAAUUGUCCCAGUGGAUCCGGGACCCCAUUUCACUGUCUCUCUUGAUCAUGUUAAUGAUGCAGUCAGAGUUCAAGACAGGCCACAUGAGGUCUGACUGCACUGGGAUGGAGAAAUGAAUUUCUUCCCACUGAAGGAAACUCUUUCUCAUUCGCAGCCAAGAUGGGAGUGCCACUUUUCCUCUCUUCACUCCUGAGAUACUGCUUCUGGAAGCGAGUGUCACUUCCUCUCUAUUACCUCUUCUCUGAAGUGUGUGACUAUCUCCUAGUGUUUAAAUUUGGCAAUUACUCACCAUGUAUGUCAGCAUAGAAAAGGAAAUGUUUUUACCUUAUCUCCUCUAUGUAUGAUAGAACUUAAAAGAAAUGUGCAUUUGUUUUCAUAGCCCCAGCAGAGAAAAUCCUCUUCAUAGCUUAAAUGUGCUGCUGUGGACAGGAGGGAAAAAAAAAAGCCCUCUACAUAUUUAAAGGCACCAAAUGUAAUAUCCGACACUGUUAAGAUGCCCAAAAGAGCAAAGUUGUGGUGGAGAUGCAGGGUCAUUUCCCCAUGCCAUCCACAGUGUUAAUGAGUCCAGGGCUGACUUGCAGUGAUGAAGAAAAGCAUGGAGCUGUGUCUGCAGACAAUGGUGGCUGCAUCUGUAAGUGGCUUCAGAGGCAGCAGCCCUGGGGAAAUUGAUGGGUGUUGCAGUGGACCUGUGAAGAGGGAGAAUCUAGCCCUCAGCCUGUCCAGUGUUAACCACUAGAGAAACUGAGCUUUAUAUAUCCUUUUGUAAUGCCUGUGAAUUUUAGUAUAUUGAAACAUUAGACCAAGUACUCAGGGGAUUUUUCAUUAAACAUCCCCCAGAUAAUUUAGCUAUAUAUCAUUAGAAAGGGAAAGCUAUCAUUUUUAUUUUAAAACUAAACAAGGCCAUUUUAUAAACUGUCACCAAAGUGUUCCCUUUUUUAUUGCAUGUGUGUCUUGAAUUUCAUAAAACAUUAAUUCACAAUGGGGGUCAGAAUGUACUCUGUUGUUGAAACACUUCUUGUACCAUUUUAUGUUCAUAUUAUGUUUGAGAGGGUAAAAAUGUAUGAGCAGCUUAACUGAAGUAGAACUAUUCAUGAUGCUUUUCAUACAUUGUGGCAUAAGAUGUAAAGUUUGUAAUUAAUGUUCAUUUCUGUGCAUUUUAAUAUUUUAUAAUUAUGAGCAUUUAAAUAAAUUCAUUUUUACAAACGA